AUGAAGAACACUGGGCCUCGAUUUGGCGGUGCCAUCACAGCAGCGCUCUUUUUGCAGAAGUUCAUUCAGAAGGAGAUCAACUGGGCGCACCUGGACAUCGCAGGUCCUGCAUGGGCCGAGAAACCCAAGGCAAUGAAAACCUUGCCCAGGCAAGUUGGCAAAGAACGCGGCCAGGGCUCGUAUCAGGUCAAUCCUCAAGUGACUUCCUACCACAACCUGCGCUCAGCGCCCAGCCUCUUCUCUCCAAUUGUGGGCAAUCUGGAAGCCUACGAUGUCGUUGAAGUAGCUCAGACCAUUCGAUUGUUUGGUGGUGAAGCAAGUGGCCCAGAGGUUUGGGCGCAGCUGUGUCGAACAAGUGCAGGGCCAGCAAUUUGGACUUUGCAGUCAGAUGUUGAACAUGUCUAUUUACGAAAAUUGCUGCACUCGGGUGAUGAAGAGAAACCCCCGAAGAGUUGGACAGCAGCUGCUGAGCAGGAUCCUUUUGGCGAAGCAGCACAGUCGGUGAACUUCUUGUUGGCCGCCUCCCUAGGCAGCCCUGACUCCAAGAAAACAUUGGAGUCUGUAGCUGAUCAUGAACUACAACUGGGUCGUGAGAGUGGUGCCCUUAAGCAUUUGGAGGCUGAAGCUUGCCAGCUGCGGGAUGAGGCUUUGGCCUAUGAGCAGCAAUUGCAGAAUCGCCAAGACAAGCGCUCAGAGACGCUGCGGCACUUUCAGCGUCUGAAGCAGCGAGAGGCGUGGAAUGUGGCAUGUGCUCAAAUUGAGCGGCAAACGGCCCAAGCAGAAGAGACCCUGGAAGAUGCUGUGGAUGAUGCAGAGGCGCUAUUGCAGGCUCACUUGCUGCAGCGGGCCAAGGCGGAAGAGGCAGCUGCCGAGCGGAAGAAGAAGCUGGGGCGGCUUGGCCGGCAACUGGUGGCUAGUGCUGAGAGCCCUGCAGCUUUGGAGGACUCCAAACUCGACAAUCAGCUGGUUGAGGCCAUGACAUCCUUGGAAACAAUGCUGGGUCAACGCUACCUGGAAGGAAAGGCCCAAUCCUCUGGUUAUGAUGUGGAACGACCAGAGGUACAGUUUAGCAAAGGUGACUACAUUGGCAGCAGUUGGCUUUGGGCCCUGCACCCAGAACUCUAUCAGAAAGGUGCGAGAAUCUCUGAAGAGAGAUGGUGGGAGUCUGCUGCGAUGCAGAAUUUCAGGAGUCCCAAUGUUAUGGCGAUUGGCACAUUGGACUUUAACAAGACGGUGACUCAUUUUCGAAGCCAUCCACUGUUGAUUGCCUUCUACGACCCCCGGUCCAAGUCCUUCCGGGAACUGCAGUCCAUCAUCGAGGACACAGCAGAUGCCUUGGCGAAGAUGACGGAACCGAUUGGUUACUUUGGAGCAGUGGACGUGACAGUACACAGCUACUUGGCACAUCACGAGGCUCCCCAGUUAGAAACCGUAUGGCAGGAUCCCUACAAAGGACCCUUCCGCUUCAAGCGCCCCAGAUUUUACCCUAUGAUCAUUUUGCGCUAUAGAGAUGGUGUUGCCAAGGAAUACAAGGGCGUGGUGAAAAAGAAGAACCUCUUGGAGUUUCUCAAGCGUGAGAUGGUCCCCAAAGGAGCUCUUCAGAACAACACGGAGGAUCUUCAAGAGCUCUUCAGGACACCUGGGCCCUUCGUUCUCGCCUGUGGUUUUGAAGGCGAGCCUCAAGAGGAGGCGAAGUUGACUGGAGUGCUGCAAGCUACAGCCAACCUGCUGAGUGGAGAGAUGAUUUUCGCACAGGCCAAUCUGAAUCUUUGCUCCUCACUGCGAGCGGACCUGACAAGUCCAAGCGUGCUCUACAUCCGCAAAUCUGCGGCAAGCACUGCGCCACCUGUGUCUGCAAGCAUACAAUCCUCCAUCAGCGUGCUACUCAACCAGGAGGCAUUUGUCGAAUGGCUCAACCUGCAGAGGCCCGUCCUGCUGAAAGAGAUCACGCCAGACAACAGCUGGGUCUUCUUAGAGAGGCGAGAGGCUCUGGUCAUUUUUUUUGUUGAUUCGAAGGAUGCAGCAGAAAAGAAAAGUGGUGAAGCCAUUUUCAGUGAGAUAGAAGUUCACCUGGAGGCAAAGUACUUCCAGUUGGCAUGGGCCAAUUGCGUGGAAUUCAGCGAGGAGUUUGGAAUCACACAGUGUCCUGCUUUUUUGGUGGUUGACACCGCAGCGGAAGACGUGUCGCAGCCACCGUACCUGACCUGGCAAGAGCUGAUGCAACCAACGAAGGCCAACCGCAAGGCAGCCUGGAGCAACGCCACCUCGGCGGCUGAGCGCCUCCGAUUGUGGCUGGAACAGCGGACAGUUGCGAUCCGGAAGCGAAUCGACGGUGAAGAAAACAAACAGUCAUCCAAAGAUGAUGGCAAGAAAAAACGCAGCGAUGAACACGUUGAGGAAAUCGUUUGGGCGAAUGACUGGUACAUUCAUGUGUUGAACGUACUGACCAAGCGCAAGAUAAAGCUGUCCCAAGAAGGUACCAGGUUUAAUGUUGUAGAUGCAGUUGGGCAGAGGCUCCCCCUCCAGGAGUCAUUGAAGCUGCGGAAUUUACAGGAUUCAAAUCGCUUUCCUCUGAAGUUCUACUUCCAGGAAGAAGAAAUCGAUGAUGCUGAGCCAGAUUCCUCUGAAGACUUCUUGAAUGACUUGGAGGACAUUUGUGAGGGCACCUCGACUGAGGCAGCCUAUGAGAUCUACCAGGCAAUCCUGAUGCACAUGACUUUGUUGCGCCAGAGUUUUCAGGAUGUCUAUGGAGACUACUUGCCAUUCGACUUCUCGUCGAUCGACAGGGUGCAAGAGCUGCACAAGCACAUGCGGCUCCUGGUCUCCACCACUGAAGAUGUUGAGGAAGUGCUCCGCAACAAGUCAUACCGCCUCAGUGUUUGGAAAAGCAUGGAGAAGCGGCUGAGCUUUCUAGAACAUCUGGAAGACCUGGAGCCGGAGCCAAAAGAUCCAAAAGGCAGCGGCAAGGGAACUAUUUCGAGGAGUCAACAGACAAGAAUCUUCAGACACGCUCUGAUCGAAGGUUCUGGCCUGCUCCGCGAAGUGUUCAGAUCUCUAUUCAAAAUGCUCCACCAGAAAGCAAGGGAUGGCGCUUUAGGAGAUCCCCGACCUGUUCUCAACGUGCCGCGGCGAGCUGCAGAGAGUUUGUCCUUGGAGGAAUUCAUUGAGACCUACGCCAAACCUGGAUUGCCCGUGAUCAUCACCGGUCUCAAUGUCACACCAAAGGAGGAGUGGAGCCUGGAGUUUUUCCGAUCCCGUUGCAACGUCUCCGUGGAGCUGAGCAGAAGGAAUCCAAGAUCCAACAGCUGGGGAAGGCUUGAGAAAGCUGGCAGGCUCUUCCUGGCAGAUUUCAUUGACACCUUCACUUCCAACGCAACGCGCCGCAAGUGGUACCUACAUGACUGGAGCUUGCCGAGGCACUGUCCAGAAGCUUUUGGCCCAGCGCCCUUCGAAGGAUUCACUGUACCAAAGUACUUUGCGGGCGACUACUUUCAGCGCGCUGGCUUUGAAAGCUACCGGCAUUCUUGGCCAAGCCUGUUUGUUGGCUCCAACGAGACUCAGAGCUCCAUGCACAUUGAUUCUGGGAAUACACAUUUCAUGCUCCACCUGCUGAGUGGUCGCAAGGAGUGGCGCUUCUAUUCGGCCAGGGACUUGAUCAACCUGUACAACAGCCCGGUUAGCAGCCGCUUCCAUUACGAUGUUUUCCGCCCUGACAAUGAGAAGUUUCCACUAGCAAGGUACGCAGAGCAAUUCAUGGGAAUCCAGGAGGCUGGAGAUACCAUUUUCAUCCCUGCUGCCAACCCUCAUGCAGUUCGGAAUCUUGAGGACAUUCAUGGCAUCAGCAUGAACUAUGUGGAUGCAAGCAACGUCAAACUUAGCAUCCUGCAAAGAAUUUGGAAGAUGGAGGGCGGCGAUGUGGAGCUCUAUACAGAUGGUACCAGCAUCAUCCAUGGCCUUGUCUCGGAACAACGGCACAUGAGCUUUGGAGAUUGGAAGGCGCAAGAUUGGAAGAGGACAAAGUACGACCUCUUCUGA